AAUCAUAACUUCGAGUUUGCAAGAGUGGUGAUAUGCUAGCUCUUACAUUAAAAUCAUAACUUCUUUUCAACACCUAAAGGAUGAUCUGGAUUGAUAGAGAAGAAAAACAAGAACCGUUAUUGCUCCUUAAAAGUUUAAACACCCUCACCCAAAAUCGAGUCAAUUCAUUCGGGAAACAUACAUGCCAUGUCGACUUCGAAACCCAAAGCCAUCCUAACCCUCUUGCAAGGAUGCAACACCCUCAAAAGGCUCAGAAAAAUCCACGCCCACGUCAUCACCAACGGUCUUCAACACCACCCUUCCAUUUCCAACAAGCUCCUCAACUUCUGCGCCGUCUCCGUCUCAGGCAGCUUACCCUACGCUCAGCUUCUCUUCCAUUGUCACAUCCCAAACCCACAAACCCAAGACUGGAAUUCCAUGAUCAGAGGCUUCUCCCAAAGCCCAUCUCCUCUUCAAGCCAUUUCUUACUACAACCACAUGCUUUCGUCCUCCUCCGCUUCCGAUUGCCCACCCGACACGUUUAGCUUCUCGUUUGUGCUCAAGGCUUGCGAGAGAGUCAGGGCAGAGAGCAAGUGCCGAGAGGUUCAUGGAGUUGUGGUUCGCUAUGGUUAUGAUAUGGACGUUGUUGUUUGCACCAAUUUGAUCAAGUCUUAUGCUGGCAAUGGGUCAGUUGAUAAUGCACGGAGAGUGUUCGACGAAAUGUCUGAUAGAGACUUGGUGUGUUGGAAUUCCAUGAUCUCGUGCUACUCUCAAGCGGGUCUUCACCAUGAGGCGUUGAAUAUAUAUAGUCUUAUGAGAAAUCAAAAUGUGGGUCUUGAUGGGUUCACUCUUGUUGGGUUGCUUUCGUCUUGUGCUCACCUGGGUGCGCUGAACGCCGGAGUCACAAUGCAUGAACUUGCUCGUCAGAAGGGGUAUUUGGCAAGUGUUUAUGUUGGCAAUGCGCUUAUAGAUAUGUACGCAAAAUGUGGUGACUUGGAUGGUGCUCUUUGUGUCUUUGAGAGAAUGAGAAAGCGGGAUGCUUUUACGUGGAACUCCAUGAUUGUUGGGUAUGGAGUACAUGGUCGCGGGGACGAAGCAAUCUAUUUUUUUGAGAAGAUGAUGAUGGCAGGUGUUCAGCCGAAUUCCAUCACAUUUCUCGGGUUGUUGUGUGGGUGCAGUCACCAAGGAUUGGUAGAGAAGGGUGUUGGUUACUUCCAUAUGAUGAGCUCCAAGUUCAAUAUCAAACCUGGAAUUAAGCACUAUGGGUGUCUGGUGGAUCUGUUUGGUCGAGCUGGGAAGCUCGAGAAGGCGCUUCAUGUUAUUAGGACUUCACGUGCACAGGAUGAUCCAGUUCUAUGGCGGACUCUGCUCAGCUCUUGCAAGAUUCAUAAAAACGUGGAAAUAGGAGAAGUUGCCUUGAAGAAUCUAAUCCGUUUAGGGUCAUCAAAUGCAGGGGACUACGUACUUCUUGCUACUAUUUAUUUUAGGGCGAAAGAUGCAGAUGGUGUUUCAAGGAUGAGAAAAUUGAUUAAAAACCAGGGAGUGAGGACCACUCCUGGUUGGAGCUGGAUUGAAGUUGGCGAUCAGGUUCACAAAUUUGUAGUGGAUGACAAGUCACAUCCAGAUACUGAAGAAAUCUAUCGAAAUUUGGAGGUAGUAGUCCAGCGAGCUGCUCUACAUGGUUAUCUGCAAGAGGAAUCUCUUAUCAGAGCCUCUGAAUUUACCUCCAUAGACACCAACUGUUCGGGAACUUCUGGUUCAUGUCACAGUGAGAAGCUGGCACUUGCUUUUGGCUUGGCAAGAACUCCAGAAGGAACAUGUUUACGGAUAGUAAAAAACUUGAGAGUUUGUAGAGAUUGCCAUUCAUUUACAAAAUUUGUUUCCCAAGCAUUUAAUCGAGAAAUAAUUGUUAGGGACCGAGUUCGGUUUCAUCACUUCAAGGGUGGAUUGUGUAGUUGUAAAGACUAUUGGUGAGUGAGUGAUCUAAAUCGUCUGAUUAUGAUCAGCAGGAUUAGG